UGCAAAAGGAAGAUGCAGACACAAGAGAAAGAGAGCUGGAAAUGCUACUUAAGAGGAUUUGUGAAAUAAAAAAAGACAAAGCAGAACUUCAGUUAUUGAUUGAUGAGCAGGAGAAAGAAGCUGCCUCUUUGAAGAGGCAAGUGGCAGAAGCUAACAGGUUGAGAAAUGAAAAUGAAGAUUUGCUGAGUCAAGUGCAGGAGCUGAAGUGUUUUCUGGAUGAAGCCAAAGCAUUGGCAACCUCUGGGCCAUGUAAUUGCAAGAUAACAGGCACCAAGGUUAAAUUAAAAACAGCCAAGAAACAGAGCUCUUUGGGGCAUCAUGGAGCUUUUCGCAAACAGUCCAUCAAGGUUAUGAGUAAUGUAUUUGAGAACUUCAGUAAGGACGGCUGGGAGGAUGUGAGUGAAAGCAGUGACUCUGAAAUACCAACUUCUGAAAGUUUGGAAACGGUGAUUACGAAGACAGUGCAAAACAUUGAUCCACUGCCAGACAGAAGUAAACAACAGGGAAAAAAGCAAAUACAAGAUAGUCAAAAGCCCUGCAACAUUGUUCAUUUAGAAGGCAAAACCCAGCAGUAUAAUAAAAAG